AUGCAUCGAUGGAUGGCAGAUUUACCAGACGAGCUCAAACAAAAACCAAUAAACAGAUUGUUGAUUCCUGGAUCACACGAUACGGGAGCUCAUCAGUUACAUGUUGAUUAUCCAUUGGCUCGUGAUCAAAAAUUCAGCCCGCUUCUCAGAGCAGUCAGCAAGAUCCCAGCAGUCAAAUUAAUUAUCAAACGAUGGUCGGAGACACAAAGGUUUUUAUUUUAUUUUAUUUUUGAAACGAACAGGUGAAACAUUUGAUAUUAUAUUUCAGCUUGUCGAUCACAGAACAAUUGAAUCUUGGUAUACGGUAUUUGGAUAUCCGAUUGGAAUUGGCUACAAAUAAUGUAGAUGAUAAGGUUUGAAUACAAUUUCUCUGAUGUUUAUAUAAUCUCAUUUAUUAUAGAGUCCUUAUUUGGUUCAUGCAUUAUAUGGGGCGGAAAGUCCCACAUUUAUGCAAGAAAUCAAACAAUUUAUGGAUGAUAAUCCUGAAGAAGUUGUGAUUAUUGAUGUCAAUCACAUUUAUCAAAUGUCGGAAACUGAAUUCCUUCAAUAUUUUGUACUUCCAAUUGAACAAUUGUUUGGAAGAGACUCGUUUUGUCCAGUUAUGGUUGAUAUUGUUAAUGCAACUAUUAGUGAGCUCGUUGAAACAAAUCACAGGUAUCCAAUUAUGAAUUUUUUGUUCUUUUUCAAAAAAAACGUUUUCAGAUUGAUUGUUGUUGGACCAUUUUGCCAUAAUCUUCAUGGGAUUGUAUAUUCUAUGGAAACUGUACGCAGUAAAUGGCCAAAUAAGAAUAAAAUCUAUGAAUUGAUCAAAUCUAUGCGUGAAGAAGUAACAAAGUUCGAUGAAACACGCUUUAAUGUUCUUCAAGGUGUUAUGACUGCAAGAUUCUCUGAUAUUGUAUGUUUUUCAAAUUAGUGUAAAACAAGUUUCUUUCAUUUUACAGGCAACACAUUUGUUCAGUUCGCUGAAGAAAGAUUUGUCAUUGCCUGGAAGAAAAACAACAACUGAUUUUGUUAAUUCUACUACUCAUCAAGAACGUCAAAAUAUGAAUAUUGUGAUAACCGAUCAAGUUAAUAUGGAUUUUGUCGCUGCUGUCAUCAAUUCAAAUUUCAAAACAGAAUUUGAAUAA